UGACCCCCCUCUUUAAUUAAACCUUUAACUCUAUCCUCUCUUCCAGAUAAUUCUCCUCUCCCUCUUUCCAUUUCUCCGCUCUUAUCUCUCCCCCACUCUCUCUGCUCCAAAACGAAAAUGGCCACUGUAAUCAAAACGCCGCCGUUCAGUGCGCCACGGAUUAUCAACAACAGCAGCAUUUCCUUAAAAUAUGCAAAUCCCUUAUGCCUUUCUUUUAGCCACAACAACAACAGAAGUAUUCCCAAUUUUUCCCUUGCCAAAAAUUCUCUCCGGUUCCCCACCAAACCUUCCCUCCGGUUCGUAAAGUUCGUUCCUUUUUCUUCACAAGGAGAAACCGAAACCACCGAGACCGAGGAGACAAUCCAAGAACCAGAAAUUGAGCAGGACUCAUCUGAUGGUGCUGUGGAGGUGGAAGAUGCUGCAAGCAGUGAAGAGGUUGCAAGCAGUGAAGAGGUUGCUGAUGCUGAGGACACAUCUUCAGUCGUCAUGGCUUCCCUCCGGUCUUACAAAGAAGCUUUGGCAAGUAAUGAUGAAUCAAUAAUUGCUGAAAUAGAAGCAUUUUUGAAAUCCGUUGAAGAUGAGAAAAUCGACAAUGAAAGGAAAGUGGCCAGUUUGACUGAAGAAUUAUCAAUAGAAAAGGAGCGGGUUCUUAGGAUUAGUGCAGACUUUGAUAAUUUUCGGAAGCGGACAGAGAGAGAACGCCUCUCACUAGUAACAAAUGCCCAAGGGGAAGUUGUGGAGAAUCUGUUGUCUGUUUUGGAUAAUUUUGAGAGAGCUAAGACCCAGAUUAAGACAGCAACAGAAGGAGAAGAGAAGAUCAACAACAGCUACCAGAACAUAUACAAGCAAUUCAUGGAAAUUCUAGUUUCGCUUGGCGUUGUUCCUGUGGAGACUAUUGGGAAGCCCUUUGAUCCAAUGUUGCAUGAGGCUAUUAUGCGUGAGGAUUCAGAUGCAUUUGAAGAAGGUACUGUACUUGAAGAAUAUCGCAAGGGGUUCAAGCUUGGUGACAGGCUCUUGCGUCCAUCAAUGGUGAAAGUAUCUGCUGGUCCAGGGCCUGUGAAACCUGAACAAGUAGAGGAAUCACAGGAAGAAGCUGAGGCUACUAGUGGAACUAGUGAAGGUGGCAGCACAGAAGAGGAGUCUGCUUAGAAGACAAGAUAGCCUAGACUCAGUUUUGUAAGCAUAAGCUGCGUUGUUGUGCCUAGUUUUAUCUUUAGGACCCCAGUUUUGGUGGGUUGUGGUUGUUAAAAGAUGAUACUUCUACUGCCAUUUGUUUCUUUUUAGUAGUAGUUGAUAUUGGUCAAAAGGAAACACCAUUUUGUCGUGGCCAUUUUCUCUCUGCUUGUGCAAUGCUCCCUGAAGAAGUACUGUAAAAUGACAGCAAGAUAUCAAGUUUUAUGGUUUCUAUUGCCGAAAA